AUGCCGGAGUGCCCGUACCCGCUACUGGGAUGGGACCUUCUCAGCAAACUGCAGGCUACCAUCUCCUUCCAGGAGGAGACGGCUACAGUGACUUUUAAUCAGAGACCAGGGGCUGUGCUUUUGACUUGCCCCUUGAGCGAGGAAUACCUCCUCACUGGGGGAACCGAGAACAACAAUCCGGUCCCAGAUGCCCCAUUACUCCAAAAGCUGCAACAGAAAAUACCUGGAGUAUGGGCAGAGAGUAACCCCCCAGGAUUGGCAGUCCACAAAGCCCCAAUUGUGGUACAACUCUCCAGCACAGCAAUUCCAGUAUGGGUUAAGCAAUAUCCAAUAAGCCAAAAGGCCCGAAGAGGCAUUGCAGUCCACAUAAAAAGACUGAAAAAAGCAGGAAUCUUAGUCCCUUGCCACUCCCUCCUUAGUGCACCAGCGUUAGCGCUGCCAGACCUCAUAAAGCCAUUUCAGUUACAUGUGGCAGAGGCUCGGGGAAUCGCAAAGGGGGUGUUAACCCAACCCCUGGGACCAUGGAAAAGGCCUGUGGCAUACUUAUCCAAGUGGCUAGACCCCGUGGCUGCAGGGUGGCCGGAGUGUUUGAGAGCAGUGGCAGCUACAGCUAUAUUGGUAAAGGAAGCCUCGAAACUCACUCUCGGGCAGGACUUGGAAGUAGUGGCUCCACAUUCCGUGGAGGCACUGUUGCGAAGCCCACUAGAGCGCUGGCUCUGGAAUGCUCGGAUCACCCAGUAUUGGGUACUCUUGCUUGAUCCCCCACGAGUCAGUUUUCUCAAAACAGCGGCACUAAACCCUGCUACCUUGUUGCCUGAUGAUGACCCCGAGCAGCCCCUCCAUGACUGCACUGAAACCCUGUCCUCGCUCAAGAACCUUCGAGAGGACCUGACAGACCAGCCCCUGCCAGACCCUGAGGAGACCCUAUACACUGAUGGAAGCAGCUUUGUGGUCGAAGGGACCAGGUACGCAGGAGCAGCGCUCGUGACAGCUGACAAGGUAAUCUGGGCGCAGGCACUAGGACGUGGGACAUCUGCUCAGAAGGCAGAGCUGAUAGCCCUCACCCAAGCACUACGGUGGGGGAAGGGAAAGGCAGUGAAUAUAUACACGGACAGCCGAUAUGCAUUUGCCACUGUUCACGUUCACGGGGACUUAUACCAAGAAAGGGGACUCCUAACGUCAGGAGGGAAGGAAAUCUAAAAUGUCCCAGAAAUCCUUACCCUCCCGGCCCUUUGGACGCCGAAGGCGGUGGCAGUCAUACACUGCAAAGGACAUAAGUCAACUGACACCCCGGAGGCACGGGGAAACACCUUCGCAGAUAAAAUGGCCAGGGAAGUCGCCCAAAAACCAGUGGGGAAUGUUACAGAGCAGGAACAUUUUUAG